AUGGACGUUGUCAUCUACCGGGACCUUCUCGAGGGCCUCGGCUACGCCGUGGAAAUCGCCAACACGCGCGAACACCCGACGCCCAAGUCUGCGGCGGCCGGCGUGGCCGACAUCCAGGUGCUGUUCGAGAGGCUGCACCACCCGUGGCUCGUGGUCGGGCGCUACAACAUGUUCGUCAUCAACCACGAGAUCAAGCACGAGAUAAGGCUCUACCGCCUGCUCGACGCCAUUGUGUGCAAGUCGAUGGUGGCCAAGAAGCUGGUCGACCGCCACCUCCGGAACUACGCCCGGCGGCGCUCGCCGCUCGACCUCGACGUCUUCUACGUCGGGCACACCUCGGCCGACCCGCGCGAGAAGCUCGCCAGCCUCCCCGCCGUAGAGCAGGACUUCACCCAGUUCAUCCACGUCGGCGGCAAGUCGAUCAACAAGGGGUCGGACGUGGUGUACGACACCUGGCGGAAGCACCCCGAGUGGCCCAGGCUCCACCUGGUCGACUUCAAGCACAGCGAGCGCUACUUCCGCGCGGAGCACGAGUGCGCCGACUGCGCCUACAACUCCUGGCCCAACAGGACCGGGGUCAUGGUCCAAGAGAACUUGAUCAUCUAUACCGAGCGCCUGGCCGACGAGGAGCUGCUUCGGCUCCAGCAGUCGUCGGGCGUUCACCUGUGCCCGAGCCGCGAGGAGGGCUUCGGCCACUACAUCAACGAGGCCCGCGCCCUGGGCGCGCUGGUCAUGACCACCAACUGGGCGCCCAUGAACGACAUGGUGCAGGACCACUUCGGCGUGCUCAUCCCGUGCCAGCUCACCUCGACCUCGCUCUAUCAGUCGUCUCUGCCCGGCAACCAGGCCUGCCGCGUCGGCCCGACCGACCUGGAGAAGGCCAUGGAGAAGUACUUCGGCCUCAUCAGCAAGAAGACCAACAACGAAAACGACAACAACAACAACAACGACAAGAACGAAAACGACGACCAGCUCAGGUUGGACAAGGUGCGCUCGAUGGGCGAGUUCGCGCGUGUGCGAUUCGAGGACGACCGCGACGACUUCCGGGACCGCAUGCAGAAUCUGUUCGGCAAGGUGCUGCCCCAGAUGGUGCUCACCCACCAAAAUGUACACAACGACGAUAUCAAUGUAGAACAGUAA